AUGACAAAGCCCUACCUUAAGAAACACCUUGCCCUGCAUGACGAAAAUCAAGACGAUAAUAAACCCUUUGAGUGUAACCUUUGCCAGAAAAAGUGUCGGACCAGGGAGCACUUAAAACUCCAUUUGCGUAGCCACUUGCAAGAGAAACCGUUCAAGUGUGCCUUGUGUGAAGCUUCGUUCUGCAGCACGUCCGGUCUCGCGGUGCAUCGAAGGAAUCGUCACGUAGAAAAGGAACGUAGAAUGUUAUCCUGUUCCAUGUACAAGGCCACAUAUUUGACGAAAAAGGCCCUAAAAGUGCACGUAUCCUCGUUCGGUUCGGUAACAAGGCUCGAAUCGCACUUGAAAACAGCCCAUGGUUCAAUCGUCCCCUGUCCUCGGUGUGGGAAACAUGUAAAGGAAUAUUAUCUACAAAAAUUUCACGUGUCGAGCUGGUGUGGAUGUUGGCAGUCUGGAGAGGAUUCCAUGCCCGGUGGAGACUUGUGGGAAAACUUUUCUUCAAGGAAACAACUACGUCGAGAGACAUGUAAGGUUGCACCAUUCAGAAAACCCACCCGUGGUGAAGGUGUACUCGUUGGAGUGUCCAUUUUGUAA